UUAGUGGGAAUAUUUACAAAAUUGGCAUCGUUUGUUAUAUUGAACUUUUACUGACUUUUCUGUCACCUUCUGCCAGGGGGAUGCAGUUUUUCCAGUUCAUUUUUCUGAAAAGAAGCUGGGCGGCGGAUAAGGAUCAUUUGGGAAAGACAAUGCGUGAUUUAGCAAAGUCAAUGAAACCGCUGUGGUUACUCAUAUUUCCAGAGGGAACGCUUAUCUCAGAUUGUACGCGGAAAACAUCUCAGAAGUUUGCAGAGAAAGCUGGUUUGGUCGACCACAAGCACCUCUUGCUUCCUCGCUCAACAGGACUCCUUUUCUGUAUGAAGGAGCUUCAAGAGUCUGUAGACUAUAUCUAUGACAUGACAAUUGGUUUUGAUGGUGUUCAAUCCGGAGAAUAUCCGGAAGAUCGUUACACAUUACGUCGGAUAUUUUUCGAAGGACGCUACCCACCCACCAUCCAUGUUCAUGUUCGUCGAUAUGCAAUUGCUGAUAUUCCAAAUGAUGAAAAUAAGUUUACAGAAUGGCUACGGCAACGCUGGACAGAAAAGGACGAUCUGAUGACAGAAUUCUAUUCCAAAGGACGAUUUACAUCUAUUUACGAUUCCCCCAAGAUAAUGAAGAUACAGAUGAGGAAUAUUAUAGAACUAGCGCAGAUUUGGUAUUUUAUGGUGCCUUGUGUCAUUGUAUGGUAUUUGAUUAAUACUUAUAGUUUCGGAUGGGCUAUUCCAUCAGUUUGA